GCAGAAUGUGACAAAGUUGGCAGUGGUGGUGGUGGUGGUAUGUAGGAGUUUCGUCUGCUGCACACUGUAAACACGGGCAGCAGCAGCAGCAACAGCGCGGCGCUGGUCCAGCCUCCCUUGAUGUAGGGCGUGAUCCUCAUCAAACCAAACCUGCAGUUACGUUAUGGCCAGAGUGUUCUCCCACUUAUUCCAGAAUGUAAAGCCUUUGUCUCACCGGUUGGAUCGCCCAGUGCGGUGUGGAGUGGCGGGGUGGGAGCGGCUAUUCCACAACACCCCAGGCCUGUACGCCUUCCCCAGGCCUAAAUUGUCACCACAGGAGGUGUCCCAGAUUCUACGUCAGAAUGAGGGAGUGGUACAAGUUAGUGGGUGUGGUGAUCAUGAGUGGUCACCUGAUGAAGUUGCUCCAGCUGCUACUUACUCCAUAGACUCGGUUGAUUCUAACCAGUUGGCCUCUAAUAGCCCCAUUGAGGACAAGUUGGCAGCUGCCCGUUGUCUCCACACUACAGGCUACCUGUUUGGUGUGUUUGAUGGCCAUGGAGGACCAGAGUGCAGCCAGGUGGUGGCCAAGAGGCUGUUUGACUACAUUGCUGCAUCCCUCUUGCCUCGCUCUGAGCUACGGCGAGUGGUGGCAGAAUGGCAGGCAGGGUCUCCCAUAGCCCUUACACAGGUGUACAAUGAUAAUUCAAUGUUUGUCUCUGAACUGCAGGAGAUAUAUGAUGCCUCCCUCCUACGUUACUGCAAUCAACUGCUGACUUCAGUAUCUGAAGACUUCAGCAUGGAAGAAGCACUGGCACGGUCCUUUACCCAACUAGAUGGAGACCUUGGAAGGGAAGUUGAGGAGAACCAGCGCUCAGCUGUGCUAGAACCACUGGUGCGUGUGGCACUGUCUGGCUCAGUGGCUUGUGUGGCUCACGUGGAUGGACCUCAUCUUCACAUAGCCAACACUGGUGACUGUGGGGCUGUGCUAGGCAGCCAGCGACAGGAUGGGGGCAGUGGCUGGCAGGCACUGCGACUCACUGAGGACCACACCUGGGAGAACCCAUUGGAAGUGGAGCGAGUGGUGUCUGAACACCCAGCCAAUGAGGCAGAGACUGUGGUGAAGGACCAGCGGUUGCUUGGGCUCCUUAUGCCCUUUAGAGCCUUUGGGGACUUUCGCUUCAAAUGGGAUCGUGAGAAACUGCUUAGUGUAAUUCAACGUUAUGCUGAUCAUAAUAGCAUAAUUCCAACCAGCCUCACUCCCCCAUACCUCACUGCCCUGCCAGAAGUCACCUAUCACCGUCUUCGGCCACAUGACAGGUUCUUGUUGAUGGCCUCGGAUGGCUUGUGGGAAUGCAUGACCCCAUUGGAUUCUGUCAUGUUGGUGGGAGAGUACAUGUCAGGCCGCCAAACCCUCCAGCCAGUGCAUCUCCCACACCAUGGUGUCACCCUCAGGGAGGUUGAACAGGUGUUAGAGCAGAGACUUAAGGGCCUCUCCCUCAAGCCUGUGGAUACCAGUGCUGCCACACACCUCAUUCGCCAUGCUAUUGGUGUCUCUGACACCGGCCUGGACCAUGCUAGACUCUCUCACUCCCUCACGCUUCCUCCAGAGGUCCGUCGUUAUUUCAGGGAUGACAUAUCCAUUCACGUCAUAUUUUUUGAUUCUAACUUUUUGAGAGUCUGUCCGAUAGAAAUUUAAGUUAUGACAUUGUUUCCUUAAUUUCUUUUGUUUCCUUACAGUUACUUUGCUCAAUGGUUUAGUUGAGGGUUUGUAGCAGACAAUCAAAAUUACCUACUACAACAAUGUUUUUUGUGGCAGUUCAUUCACUAUUUGGUUGUGCUUUAGAAUUUAUAUCCAGUUGUUUGGUGUUUGCAGCUUUUUGUGAAUAGCCUACCUCUUGCUUUUCUUUGUGGAGAAAGUCAUGAAUGUGCAAUAUGGAAAAAGCAGAUUGAGUGGCCGUAAAGUGAUUGAAGUGCAAAGGAAGAUUUAGGACAAGUGUAAGUAGAGUGAUUUUCAGCUUGCACCACAGUGACUAGAUUACCAUAAGAAUCAAGUCCUGCCACCCACAUUGCAUUUAUGUCUGUUAAUUGGUGCAGUGAGGAAUACAUUGGACAAGGUGCUAAGGAAGGAUUAGGAAUCAGACAAGUUAUAUACACAUUUUGUUUUGAGAUAGAUCUGGAUUUGUAUGAGCCUUCACUAUAUUUCUUCAACAUAAGACUACAGAAAAUGCCUGUCAUAUUUCAAUUGCCAUUCAUAUUACUCAAUUGAUGAAGGUACACUGAGUACCUCCUGACUUUCUAGUACAGUGGUACCUCAACAUACGAAUUUAAUUUGUUCCAUGACGAUUGUGGUAUAUAAAAAAAAUUGUAUAUCAAAUAAAUUUUUCCCAUAGAAAUUAAUGGAAAUAGAAUUCAUUCGUUCUUGUGAUAUGAGUUUACCCCCCAAAAAAUUAACAUGCUUUAAAUACCAACCAAAUAUAGAUUUAAUAUAAGAUAAAUACAAUAUUUAUUGUAUGCAUGAUAAAAAUGAACUAUAUUGCCCAAAAUAACAACUUAACCUGCAAAACUCAGGAAACAUCGAUAGACGUUCAUCACGCAAGACUCGGGGCAUGUCAAUAGACGUUUAGGGUUUUUACGGCUAAAUUUGGCUAUUUUCUUCACGUUUUCUUAGCUUGUGAGCUGGCAACACUCAUCAGGAGUAGACAUAUGCUCUACGUCACUGUGUCACCAAUGAUGGAUGGUGGGAGCGACAGUGAUUUCACUGUGUCUGAUUCCAUCACCUCCCACACGCCUUACUUUUAUACCAUGGGUCUCUCGCCAUGUUACGGGGAGACAACUUUUGAAUGAGAGUGGUAUCAGAACAGGCAACA